GUUUUUUUCCCGGACGCUUGUGCCUGUAGCGUACAGGAUUGGAGUGGGGAUCCUUUUGCGACGGGAGCGGUGUGAAAUUGAUCAAGCACUGUUCGGCAAGGAGUCUUCAUGUUAAGGUGAUGGUGGAUUGGGAGGAAUUUUGAAAGAAACAUAAUAAAAUCUGACGGCUUGUUGUAGUGUGUUGGAGGAGGCUCAAGACUAGAACGCACUUGCCCGAUGCUAUGACUUGAGAGAGGGUGGUGGGACCGUGGGAGUAGGGUAUCCAGCGAGUCGUGCGACCUACUGUUGGAACUUGAGCAUCCUGUAGUGAAGGUGGUGGUGAUUGUGGGACUCAUAGGGUUGGAUCUCAGUCUGGUUUUGGCGUUUUGCUGUGGACAGGGAAGGAAGAAGAGCAGAGGUUGUGGUGUUUGUUGGAGUGUUGAAGGUGCUGAUUGGCGUGGAGUUGCUGUUCGGUUGGAGCUUGGAGUUUAGAGGAAAGAUUUCGUGAUGAGCAGCCGCAGCCCGCCGCCGAAGGACCGCAGGAUGCGUACCGAACGCACUUCAUACCGUGAUGCGCCGUAUCGGAGGGACAGCCGCCGUGGUCCAAACAGGUUUCAGAAUGAUUUGUGCAACAACUGUAAGCGUCCUGGGCAUUUUGCUAGAGAGUGUCCUAGCGUGGCUGUCUGCCAUACCUGUGGGCUUCCUGGGCACAUUGCAGCUGAGUGUUCUUCCAAAGGUAUCUGCUGGAACUGCAAAGAACCUGGCCACAUGGCUAACAGCUGCCCAAAUGAAGGGUUAUGCCGUAACUGCGGCAAGUCUGGCCACAUUGCAAGAGACUGCACUGCUCCGCCAUUGCCACCUGGAGAAGUGAUCCUUUGCAGCAACUGCUACAAACCAGGUCAUUUUCGUGAGGAAUGCACCAAUGAGAAGGCCUGCAACAACUGUCGGCAGAGUGGCCAUCUUGCCCGCAACUGCACCAAUGAUCCUGUUUGCAACCUGUGCAAUGUUGCUGGUCAUUUGGCCCGUCAGUGCCCCAAGUCUGAUACAUUGGGUGAGCGGGGUGUGCCACCUCCCUUCCGUGGAGCUGGCGCUCCCUUCCGUGGCAGCUUCAGUGACGUCAUCUGUCGGGCCUGCAACCAGGUUGGCCAUAUGAGCCGUGACUGCAUGGCUGGUGCCUUCAUGAUCUGCCACAACUGUGGUGGCCGUGGCCACAUGGCUUAUGAGUGCCCCUCUGUGAAUCUCAUGGACCGCUUCCCCCAGCGCCGUUUCUGAAGGACGUCCAAGGGCAAUUCAGAUGCCUUUACUUGUGGCCCUCUGCGUCAAGAAGCAUUUUAUUUUUAAUUUGCUUUCUAAACUGUAACGAAUUCUAGCUACGUCAGAUGCAAUCUUUAGUUGUAAUUCUGGGAUAUGCUAUUUAACUGUGAUGUUCUGUUGAGGAUAAUCCGCCUGUUCGAUUGCUAAUCAGCCGGCUGGGGCUGGCUUUUUCCCACUGUUGCUACAGUGCUAUGUGAGGAGGGUUACUCCAGCAGCACAUGGCUGGGGCUGGGAAACAGCCAACCGAACGGGCUGAAUAUUAGUAGAUGGGAAUACUUAUGAAUUCCGAAUUCAUCAUGUGAGAUUUUGAUCA